AUGGAGGCAAAACUAACUGCCUAUAGAGAUCGAAAGCGAAGACGAGCCAUGGUUGAAUCAAUGAAAAAUUCUGUACGUGGCGUUCUGACCUGGGGAAAGACGGAUACCACAGUAAUUACCGAAACUCCGCCGCCAGCAUAUGUCGAACUUGAGGAUAGGGAGGACAUAGAGAGUAUCCAGUCGGAGGAAAGUCUGGACUUGUCACCGUCGCAGAAUCCAGUUGUAACACAGGUUACUUACCUGCUGUACUUUCUUCUGUGGGCAACCCUCUACAUGAUUGCACUUCAGUUCGAAUUUGGUGCCGUCUACUUCAUCCUGUCUUCUUUAGUUCUGAUAUGGAAAAAUACGCGAUCUGGUCCAAAGAAGAAGGGGGAAAUUAGCGCAUAUUCGGUAUUUAAUCCGAACUGCGAAGCUAUCGAUGGGACUUUAAAGGCUGAGCAAUUCGAAAGAGAAAUCAGGUUUGGAGCCUCGAGCAUACGAUGAAUUGUUAUUACACAAGAAAACGUUCUCGACAAAUGUCAUGAACACAAAGUUGCGGACUUUUGCUAUUCUCUCUGUACACACAAAAUAUUUACCAAGCAGAGAAUAAUAGAAUAUGGAAAAAUGA